GUAGGUACGAAGGAAAUAAAUAUCAGACACCAUUUGGAGACUGAGUCCAUGCGGGGAGCAACAAGUGAUGAGGCCGGGCCUUGUUGCCAUUCAACUCUCUCUUUCUCUCUCUUGGGAUUUUAUUUCACUAAACACUUUAUGUCAUUUUGAUCAUUACCACUUUCACAUCCCUCCGUCUCUCUCUCUCUUCUCCUUCUUCCUCUCUCAUAUCAACACCUUUGAGCACACCAGUUUUUCAUGAGAAGUCUAAGAUGAAGUUCAUGAAAAUAGGGACAAAGCCUGACACUUUCUACACUCAAGAUGCUUCAAGGAUUUUGAUAACAGACACACCCAACGAUCUCGUUGUUAGAAUCAACAACACCACUUAUCAUCUCCACAGAUCUUCUCUUGUUCCAAAAUGUGGGCUGUUGCCAAGGCUUUUCACUGAUUCAGAGGAGUCUGAUAGUGUUACGAUAGAGCUGAAUGACAUACCUGGAGGUGCUGAUGCUUUUGAGCUGUGUGCUAAGUUCUGCUACGGCAUCACCAUCAACCUUAGUGCUCAUAACCUUGUGAAUGUGCUCUGUGCCUCCACGUUUCUUCGGAUGUCUGAUUCUGUUGAGAAGGGAAAUUUGUUACCAAAGCUUGAAGCUUUUUUCCACUCCUGCGUUCUCCAAGGCUGGAAAGACUCCAUUGUCGCUUUGCAGUCCACUUCCAAAUUGCCAGAGUGGUGUGAGAAUCUUGGAAUCAUCAGAAAGAGUAUAGAUUCAAUUGUGGAGAAGAUCCUCACUCCAAUUGCAGAGGUCUCCUGGUCUCAUACAUACACCAGACCAGGCUAUGCAAAGAGACAACACCACUCUGUUCCAAAAGACUGGUGGACAGAAGACAUAUCAGACCUUGACUUGGACUUAUUCCGCUGUGUUAUCACAGCAGCCAGGUCAACCUUCACGCUUCCGCCUCAGCUCAUUGGUGAAGCUUUGCAUGUAUACACCUGCCGUUGGUUACCAUACUUCAAAUCAAAGAGCCAUUCAGGUUUCUCAGUUAAAGAAAACGAAGCAGCGCUGGAAAGGCAUCGGCGUGUUGUUAACACAGUUGUGAAUAUGAUUCCAGCAGAUAAAGGGUCGGUUUCAGAGGGGUUUUUGCUGAGACUUGUUAGCAUAGCGAGUUAUGUUGGAGCAUCUCUUACAACAAAGACUGAGUUGAUUAGAAAAGCUGGUCUGCAACUCGACGAGGCAACUCUUGAAGACCUCUUGUUGCGUUCACACUCAUCCUCUCAUCACCGUCGCUAUGAUACCGACUUGGUUGCUACAGUUCUUGAGAGUUUUUUAAUGCUCUGGAGAAGACAAUCUUCUGCGCAUCUUUCUAGUAACAACAGUCAAUUGCUGCAUUCAAUCAGGAAAGUGGCGAAGCUUAUUGAUUCCUAUCUUCAGGCAGUGGCACAAGAUGUCCAUAUGUCAGUUUCCAAAUUCGUGUCUCUUGCUGAGGCAGUGCCCGACAUUGCACGUGAGAGCCAUGACAGACUUUACAAAGCGAUCAACACAUAUCUCAAGGUGCAUCCCGAGAUAAGCAAAGAAGAGAAGAAACAACUAUGCCGAAGUCUUGACUGCCAGAAACUGUCUGCAGAGGUACGUGCACGCGCUGUGAAAAAUGAGAGGAUGCCAUUAAGAACGGUUGUCCAAGCCCUCUUCUUCGACCAAGAGAGCAGUUCUAAGGGAGCAUCAAGUCGAUUAGAUAGCCAAGAACUCUUCUCAAGAGGGAAAGAGACGUCCACGGAUAUACACAGCAGAAUGCACAAGCUUCACUUAGGUCAAGCGGAAACAGCUUCUAUAGGGAAAGCUAAGAAUAUACUUGAGGGAGCCAAAAGAGGAGAAGAGAAAAUUAGAUCGAGUACAGACCCCAAGAAGAUAGUGCGGAAAGGAACAAGGUCAGAGCAUAAGCAUCAUAUAAGUAGAGACAGAUAGAGUGGACUAAACGUCUUAGGCCACAGAAACUCAGUGUCUUCUUUGCAUUCACCAGACUUCUGAUGAUGAUUGUAGAACCCAGUGGCAUAAUCUUGUAUUAAUACAGUGCAGAGCUCAAGCUCCUACUCAACCAUUAUCGUGUAGCUUAUAUCUUAAGAAAUCAAUUCUUAUGCAACAUGGAAUUAUACGUAGUACAAUUUGUUCCUAUC